CCACUUUUUGUUAAGAACCCGUUGCUACCGCCAGCUUCCCCGACCGUCUUUUCAUUUUGCUGCACUCGCUCGCCCUUUCAUUCUCUUGAUCAUUUAUCGGUCCCAGGAUGUGGCCGGCUAUCAGUACGAAUUGAAGUGUCGGUUAAAAACAUCAGGGUGGUUGGCGUUUUUCUUGCUCAUUGAUGAUUCUUCGACCUUGUUAUUGCCAUUGCGGAGUUAUGCUAUCGUCAACUGUCAUUUGAAUUUCAACUUAUCCUUCUUUCGUUUUUCAUCCUCAUGACGAUACCAGCUGCUGCAGAAGCGCAGAAGCGGAUGGCAGAAAUGUCGAAUGGAUCCCCUGCGGGGUCGCAAUUGAAGACGUCGACAUCCUCCAAAACAACCUUUCAUUUUGCAGCCGGCCUCCUCUCAGGACUGACUUCCUCGAUCCUCCUCCAACCUGCGGACCUGCUCAAGACACGCGUUCAGCAGUCUCGAAAGACCGCCUCCCUUCGUACAACCCUUAACGCCAUACUCUCCUCUCCACACCCCAUCCGCAGUCUCUGGCGCGGUACUCUGCCGUCUGCACUCCGAACUGGUUUCGGAUCCGCCCUAUACUUCACAUCCCUCAAUGCCCUGCGUCAGGGCAUCGCGCAAGCUGGGCCCCCCGGCGUCCUUGCCAAUCCCGAACAUGGGAAUUCCCAAGCAGGUGCCCGCUCAUCUGCGCUCCCUAAACUCUCCAACACGGCGAACCUGGCCACGGGUGCUGUCGCCCGAGUGGCUGCAGGGUUUGUUAUGAUGCCCGUAACCGUACUCAAGGUGCGCUACGAGUCCGACUACUAUGCCUAUCGCAGUCUGCUUGGGGCAGCCCGCGACAUCGUGCGCACUGAAGGCUUCCGUGGUCUGUUUGCCGGAUUUGGGGCGACCGCUGUCCGGGAUGCCCCCUACGCUGGACUCUACGUUGUUUUCUACGAGCAGUCGAAGCGACGCCUCGCUGGUCUGAUCGAUUCGAGCGGAGGGGCCAUCCCUCUCUCGUCCUCUUCCCCAUCGAUCAACUUCGCCUCGGGUGCCAUGGCCGCUGGUCUCGCAACCGCCAUAACUAACCCUUUCGAUGCUGUCAAGACCCGUUUACAGCUCAUGCCUGGCAAGUAUGGGAACAUGCUACGCGCAACGCGAUUGAUGAUCCAGGAGGACGGAGUGCGUAGUUUGUUUGGCGGAUUGGGUCUCCGGAUGGCGAGGAAGGCACUUAGCUCGGCCCUUGCGUGGACGGUAUACGAAGAACUGAUCCUGCGAGCGGAAAAUCGCUGGGCACUGAAUGAACAAAAGAUGAGUCUAUAAGGUGGGCCUCAGGCGGUGAUAUGAUAAGUACUGAGUGGGACCAGGAGACUCAUAUAUAUGAGAGUUCUAUGCAGGUUCGCGGAACCGCUGUUUUUCCCUGUAUGUCGUAUGUACGAUGAUUAUGAUGAUGCAGAACCUAUAUAUGUACAACCAUAUUGGAAUGGCGCUGUAUGGACGUCGCGAUUGUUAUUUCCUUUUGUUGCUUUGAAGUUACUGCGUACUGGACUUUAUUGAUAUCCCCUUGGGUAACGUUAAGCAAGGAAUGUGAGAUCACAACUCUACUCGUCAGGUCAUUGAUUUGUCAGGCUUCAGCAGAAUGAAGCAAAGCAUCUAAACGAAGAGAGAAACAGCCAUAACAUUACAAUCAACUCAAGACAGGCCAUUCAUUUCAUCGUGGUAUCAACAAUCGUCACUAACUUCGUCAGAUGGGUGGUAU